GUCGAUCACUUAUAUGCACAUGAUAUCAUGAAAGAUAUUUUUAUAAUGUACACAUUAUUAAUUUUAUUUUUAUAUUUAACUGUUAGUCAAGCAUAUCAGUCAACAUAUGAACAGUACCAGCAACAAGAAAUUCCAUUCAGGGAGUACAGUUUUAUAGGUAAUAGACCUAUAUUAGAUGAAUAUGAUUUUAUUGUCAUCGGAGCAGGUCCAGGAGGCUGUGUGGUUGCAAACCGUUUAUCUGAACAGCUAAACUGGUCAGUACUUUUAUUAGAAGCAGGACAAGAUGAGACUAUAUACACCGAUAUACCAGCGGCAGUACCAUUUUUAGAAGCAACAAACUACAAUUGGGGUUAUACCGCUGAACCAGUAAAAAACGGUUGUCUGGGUUUUAAAAAUAAUCGUUGUCCAUGGCCAAAAGGAAAAGGCAUGGGAGGAUCGUCAAUUAUAAAUGCCAUGAUUUACACAAGAGGAAAAAAAGAAGAUUAUGAUACAAUUGCAGCACUAGGAAAUGMCGGUUGGGCUUACAAUGACGUGUUGCCAUAUUUCUUAAAAUCUGAGAACAAUUCAAUACCAGAAUAUCAAAGUUCGCCUUUCCAUUCACAUAAAGGAAAUUUACAUGUUGAACGAGUCAGAUAUCAUUCACCAUUCACUGACAAAUUCAUAGGAGCUGGUGGAGAAUUAGGAUUAAAAAAAAAUAUUGAUUAUACAAUUAAUCCGGAAUAUGGAGUAUCUCGUGUACAAGCCACAACAUUAAAUGGACACAGAGUAAGUGCAUCUAAAGCCUUUAUUCGUCCAGCCAAAAAUCGUCAAAAUCUUCAUGUGGCAAUAUUGAGCCAAGUAACAAAAAUACUUAUUGAUCCAAGAACUAAAAAAACAACUGGAGUAGAAUUUAUAAAAAAAGGAAAACUUAGAACAGUUUAUAUCAGAAAAGAGGUUAUUUUAUCUGCUGGACCAAUUAAAUCACCUCAAUUAUUAAUGUUAUCAGGCGUUGGACCGAAAAAUCACUUAAAACAUCAUGGUAUACAAGUAAUCCAAGAUUUACCAGUUGGGAAAAACUUACUCGAUCACUACGGCACAUUGGGUAUAAAAUUUGAAGUAAAUCAAACUGGACCAGCACUGACGGAACAAACCAUAUCAGACCMACAUCUAUUUGAAGAAUGGUUCAAAUAUGGCCGAGGACCUUUAACAGCACCAGCAGGAAGUGAUGGCUUAGGUUAUAUAAGAGCACCAUCCGGCAAAGGGAUUGAAUUAAUCUUUAUUCCCACAUCAGAUGAAACUAAUAUGUUUAUGGUUGCUACAUUGUUAUUGCAACCAGACGGUCGUGGAAGCGUGAGUUUGAAAAGUAAAAAUCCAUUGGAUCCACCCAUUAUGUCAUAUGAUUACUACGAAAACAAUAAUACCGAUUUAGAAGACAAUGUAUUUGCACUUAAAUAUGCAGUGAAGUUAGUAGAAGAAACACAGGCAUUUAAAGAUGUCUCAGCYAAACUAAGUCCAAAACCGUAUCCAAAUUGUAGCCAUCUAGUAUUUAGAUCAGAUGAUUAUUGGGUGUGUUUAUCAAAACACUUGACAUAUACCUAUCAUCAUCAGUGUAAUACAUGCAGGAUGGGAKAUGUUGUCAAYAACAAGUUACAAGUAAUCGGAAUUGAAGGGUUAAGAGUUGUGGACUCAUCAAUAUUUCCACAUAUACCCCAUGCACAUCUUUAUGCCCCGACUUUGAUGGUUGGUGAAAAGGGAGCAGAUAUGAUUCGAAGUUAUUGGUCAAAGUAAUUUAUUACUCAUAUCAUUUUUCAAUUAUUAUAUUUAUUUAUUUAUA